AAAAACACCAAAAAUCCAGUAGUAGUACAUAAAAUCGCGAUGGCGGAGCUUAAUGUAAGAAGCAGCAGCAGCAAAAGGAGGGUUUUAGGUGGUAUUUUGAAGUUGAAGGGUGUGUUGGAAAAGCUACAAAAGAGUAUCUUAUUUCGCAGAAAUAAUAAAUCAAGUUGUUCCUAUUGUGGAGAAUAUGAUUAUGAAGAAGGAGAUCAUAACACAGUGUGUGUGCAAGAAGGACAUUUUGCAGUGAUUGCUGAGCAUGAAGAGGAGAUCACAAAGAGAUUCUUGGUGCCAUUGAGCUGUUUAAACAACUCAACAUUCUUGAGUCUAUUGGAGAAAGCAGCACAAGAGUAUGGCUUUGAUCAACAUGGUGCACUAACCAUUCCUUGCAGGCCAAGUGAACUUGAGAGGUUGUUAUCGGCACAGCAAUGGAAAGAAAGAGGGAGAUUCUUCUGAAACUCCUGCAACAAAACCAUGGCUGCAAACUACUGAUAUCUAUCUAUUGCCGGGACUAAAAGAAAAAAACAAAGCUACUGAUAUAUAUGAUAUGAGCCUAUUACUAAAAAAAAUAAGAUCUUAUUAGGAUGUUUUUUUUUUUCAUUAAAAAGAUUGGUUCAGAGGAAGACACGUCCCUGCAAAUUAAAUUAGGAAAGAGGAUCAGUCUCAACGAGGAUUUAUGUAUGGUGGAAUCAAAUUCAACUCACAUCUAAGAUGAACACAAGACUCGAUCAAAUGUGUCAACCCUUUAAUAUUAGGAAAUGUUUAUUCGUAUAAGUACAAACUAUGUGCAUUUCAAAAGGUACUAAUACCAAUUCCAUAAGUAAAUCAAUAAAUUAUACACAUGUAUGUAUAAU